AUGGCAUCAGAGAACAGAUCCUCAGCUCGCGAAGCUGCUCAAGUCUUCCUAUCGAACUUUGCUUCUCGCCAAUUCGCCGCGCUGGGAGACCUCUUUGCGGCCGACGGCACUUACUGGGUGUUGGGCAAGCAACCCAAUGUACCGUGGGCAGGAUCCUUGCCUGCUUCAGAGAGGCUUCCUCAGCUCCCCGCCAUGUUUAAGAACUUCACAAGCUUCAGCGUCGAACAAAAAGCUUUUGUUGCCGAAGGUCGAAGGGCUGUGGUAGAGAUGAGUGUUCACGGAAAAGAUUCAGCCGGGGGCCGAUACGACAACGAUGUGGUCAUGAUUUUCGAGGUAAAUGAAGACGGCAAGAUUGUGGCUUUGAGGGAGUAUCUUGAUAAUAUGCAACCGCUUGCUUAUCUUGCAUCGAAAAAUCAAUCAGGAAAUGAUGUAUUGGGCUUGGAUAGCAAGACAUCUUAA